UAAUGCAAGAAUUUUUAUCAUUAAAAAAACUCAUUGAACAAAAAAAAUCAUAAGAAGGCAAUUUUGCAACAAUUUAAGAAUAAAAAGUAAAGGUUUAAUAAGAAAGAUAAAAAUUAUAAUAGGAUUAAAGAGAAAGAGAAAGAGAAAAGGUAUUUCUUUAAUUUUUAUUCAUAAUUAGCAUGAAAAAUUAGUAAAGAAACUCAAAUUGUAAGAUGAAUAUUACAAAACUAAGGAUAUUGAAAAGAUUAUAAUAAAAAGAUUAGAUUAAUAAUGUAUUAACUCAGAGAAGGAUAAAAUUUAAUAAGAUGAAAUUUAAAUACCUUAAGAUCUCCCUCCCAUUGAAAAAAAAGAAGUUCAAAAGAGACUAAGAGAUUUAGGAGAACCAAUUACUUAUUAUGGUGAGAGUGAUUGGUAAAGAUACAAGAGAUUAAUGGAAUUUGUUUAAGAAAAAAAAGAAAAUAAUCAAAAGGAAUUAGAAAUCAAAAUUUUAGAAGGAGAAGAUAAAGAGGAAAUAAAGAUGUUUCUUAAUAAGAUUAAAGAGAGAAAUUUAGAUCCAAGUACUGCACUUGUUCCUGUAUUUCAAUGUAAAGGAAAGGAGGAGAUUGAAUAACAAUUAUGGGAUGGAGUAUCACUUUUGACAAGAUGUGAAGAUGUUUAUAUGUGGUGUAAGAAAAUGUUGAGAGAAUGGAACAUUAAAUUAUUGGAUAAAUUUAAUACAGAGACUCUAAAAAGGAGUUUAGAAGGAUCUCAAGCAUUUAAUUCAUAUAAAUAAACUCUUGAUUACAUUAAACCUCUUACAGAGUAAUUACAUAAAGCAAAAAUGGUUCAGUCAAUUAAUGAAGAAAUUUUGAAUGCAUUGUAUCUUAUAAUUCGAUUUUGUGUUUAUAAAGAGUAUGUGAGAGCAUAUGAUAAAUAUUUGGAAUUAGCAAUUGGAAAUGCUCCAUGGCGUAAUAAUAUAUUAUAAUAUAUUAGCUAUGGGUGUAACUAUGGUUGGUAUACAUGAAAGGACUGGAAGAUCAAAGAUUUCAAGUUCACAAAUAGCUCACAUCUUAAAUGAUGAAACUUAGAGAAAAUAUAUAUAAGCAAUAAAGAGAUUGAUUACAGUUUCAUAAGUAUCAUAUCCAAGUAGUGACCGUAGCAAAAUGGUCGAUUUCAGAACAGAAUAUACUUGGUGA